GUGGGGGGGGGGCGGCGGCGGCGGGAGCCCCUCGUGGUGAAGUUGACGCAACGGCCUAAGAAUAGCGCGGGGCGGGGCGGCUCCGUGCACCGGCCGGGCGGGGCCUUCCACGUUUCCUCAGCUCCCCCCCGGUUCGGUUUCAGCUCCGGAAAGGUCCCGAAGCGCAGCUCGGUAACUUCGGAUCUGCCCCGCACGGAGCUCCGCAGCGAACGGAGGGGAGCGGGACGGAGCGUCCCGACUGCUGCAUAAAUGCUUUCUCUGAAGAAAUACUUCACGGAAGGCCUCAUCCAGUUCACCAUCCUGCUCAGCCUGAUCGGCGUUCGCGUGGACGUGGACACCUACCUGAACUCCCAGCUCCCUCCUCUCCGAGAGAUCAUUCUUGGCCAGAGUUCUGCGUACACCCAGACCCAAUUUCACAACCUCCGCAACACCUUGGACGGGUAUGGCAUCCACCCAAAGAGCGUAGACCUGGACUAUUACUUCACUGCUCGCAGGCUGCUUAACCAGGUGAGGGCACUGGACAGAUUUCAAGUGCCCAGCACUGAAGUCAGUGCCUGGUUGGUGCAUCGUGACCCCGAAGGCUCCGUGUCCGGCACCCAGCCCAGCGCUGGCAUCGCCCUCGAGAACGGCGGUGGUCUGCAGGAUGGGAACGGUCCUGAUGGUGCUGUGAGGGAGAACGGGGCUGAGCAGGGCUUUGGGGAAGAGCUGGAGGACCUGGGAGCUGUGGCUGCCCCAGUGAACGGGGACCUGACCAAAGAGGACAUCGAUUUGAUUGACAUCCUGUGGAGACAGGACAUCGAUCUGGGCGCCGGGAGAGAGAUUUUUGACUACAGCCACCGGCAGAAAGAGAGCGAAGUGGACAAAGAGCUGAGCGAUGGGAGGGAGCGCGGGGACGGCUGGAGGAGCGCGGGAGGACAGGUCACCAAUAGGAACCUGCUAGUGGAUGGCGAGACCGGGGAGAGCUUCCCUGCGCAGGUGCCUGGCGUGGAGGAUCAGACGGCCCUGUCCCUGGAGGAGUGCCUUAGGCUGCUGGAGGCCACCUUCCCUUUUGGGGAGAACUCGGAGUUUCCAGCUGCAGAUGUCUCCACCCUAAGCGAAGCUGUGCCCAGCGAGAGCCGGCCUGCGGGCAUCCAGAGCAGCCUGCUGUCUCCUCUCCUCCCAGAGGCUGAGUCGCCCUUCGAUCUGGAGCAGCAGUGGCAGGACCUCAUGUCUAUCAUGGAAAUGCAGGCUAUGGAAGUGAACAGCACGACCGCUGAAACCCUUUACAACGGCACAAGCGGAGACCUGCUGACUUCUAACUACAACCUCGCCCCAAACACUCCCAUCAAUCAGAAUGUCAGCCUGCAUCAGGCCUCUCUGGGCAGCUGCUCACAGGACUUCUCCCUCUUCAGCUCUGAAAUUGAAAGCCCUUCCAUGGGUGGCAGCUCAGCGCUGCUGCAACUGACGCCGGAUAACUCCACUGGCCUCAACACCACCUUCAGCUCCACCAACUUCAGUGGGAUCUUCUUCCCCCCACAGCUGAACAGUACGGUGAAUGAGACGGCGGGCCCUGAGCUGCCGGACCCGCUGGGCGGCCUUCUUGAUGAAGCCAUGCUUGAUGAGAUCAGCUUGAUGGAUUUGGCCAUCGAAGAAGGAUUCAACCCAGUGCAGGCCUCGCAGCUGGAAGAGGAGUUUGAUUCUGACUCAGGUCUUUCUCUGGAUUCUGGCCACAGUCCUGCUUCCCUUAGCAGCUCAGAAGCCUCUUCCUCUUCUUCUUCCUCCUCUUCCUCCUCCUCCUCCUCUUCCUCUUCCUCCUCAUUUUCUGAGGAAGGAGCUGUCGGCUACAGCUCAGACUCUGAAAACGUGGACUUUGAAGAAGCGGAAGGGGCGGUUGGGUACCAGCCUGAGUACAGCAAGUUCUGCCGCAUGAGCUACCAGGACCCGUCGCAGCUCCACUACUUGCCUUACCUGGAGCACGUGGGCCACAACCACACCUACAACAUGGCACCGGGGACCCUGGAUCCCGAGGAGCCCAAGCUGCCCAGCGUGGGGAAGAAGAGCAGCAAGGAGAAACCAUCCGAGUUCCUGGAUAAGCAGAUGAGCAGGGAUGAGCAUCGAGCCAGAGCCAUGAAGAUCCCUUUCACCAACGACAAGAUCAUCAACCUGCCCGUGGAGGAGUUCAAUGAACUGCUCUCCAAGUACCAGCUCAGCGAGGCGCAGCUGAGCCUCAUCCGAGACAUCAGGAGGCGAGGCAAGAACAAGAUGGCUGCCCAGAACUGCCGCAAGAGGAAGCUGGACACCAUCCUGAACCUGGAACGCGACGUGGAGGACUUGCAGAGGGACAAGUCCAAACUGCUCAGGGAGAAGGUGGAGUUCCUCAAGUCCAUCCGCCAAAUGAAGCAGAAGGUGCAGAACCUCUACCAGGAGGUGUUCGGCCGGCUGCGGGAUGAGAACGGCCAGCCCUACUCCCCCAAUCAGUACGCCCUGCAGUACGCCAGCGACGGCAGCGUCAUCUUGAUACCUCGCACCUUGGCUGACCAGCAGGCCAGGAGGCAGGAGAGGAAACAGAAGGACCGCAGGAAGUGAGGGAGGCACGCGGGAGGAGUGGGAGAAUCGCUCAAGGUAGAACUGGAGAAGGGCUGAGCCUGGAAGUGCUUAGAGGAACUUUCAUGCCUUCUUAUCCAAUAUAUCUUCUCAAACGUGACUGCUGCCGGUCAGUGUACAGGAGGGACUGCGGCCGAGCGCUCCCUGUGGGGAGGGACGGGGAGGAGCGGACAGUGCACUGGCGAGCCCAGCACCUUCCACAGCCUGGAAUCCUUUGAGCGCAGGAAAUCAGCUGGCAUCACUGGUGGGGAGAUGAGCGGAGGUGGAAAAACUACUGUUAGGAACUGGCUUUAAAUAAGAAAAGAGAUUUAAGCAAAUGAACUUUAAAACCAAGCGAUAGGAGAGACAUUUUUCUGAACUUCCAAAGUUCUGUGAUUUCAGGUAGUUGUUUUUUUUUUUGUUGUUUUUUUCCUGUUUUUUUUUUUUUUAAUUUUUUUUUCUUUUUUUUUUUUUUUCCCGAACCAGUUUUGACAUCAGUGUGUGUGAUUCAACCCGACUUAAUUCCAGAUUAGCCACCAUCCCUUUCUAGAUCAGACCAGUGCACACAUGGCAACACGAGUGGUGCGGCCUUCCAUUAACCCUUCCAGCUCUGAGGAAGCUUGCGGAGGGCUGUGCUGCCUUGGGGCCUGGAGCUGGAGCUCUGGAGUGGGUUUGAAGGGGGGGGGGGUGGAACUGGGAAGGGUUAACAGGAGCUGUGCAUCCCCACCACACUCACUGAGCAUGUCACUGCCGCGCAGGGCCGCUGUCGAGGAGGGCACUCAGCAGCCUGCAUGCAGCCGCUGUCUUCUCCUACUGACUGGCUGAGAAAGCUUUGGGGGCCACGGGGUGGGUGUGCAGCAGCAGGGACAGCACGCAGAGCCGUGGGCUUGUCACUUAUAGAACUAGACAUCUGUUAGGAUUCCUGUUUCUUAACCGUGCUUUGAUUUGAUUUUAUUUUUUUUUUAGGGCUUCAGCCCUGUUUUCCCUAUAGGGUCUAGAGUGCUUGUGUUGAGUAAAAGGGAGAAGCCCGAACGUUCAAAGCUGCUAAUUGUUCUCUUUGCCAUAAAGAUUCAGUGUAACCGUGUGAUCACAUUAUAGGAUUCUCUUCUGUCCCUAGGUGUUGGUCUGACUUCCUUUGUUUUAAGGAGGGGGGUGGGGGUAGUGCCUUGAUCACUGUUGGUCUCCUCCAUGGAGACGAUCCUAGAAGCUGUAUUUACAAUAUAGCACAGCUGGGAGUGACUUUACCAGCAACUGAAUAGCUUAAAAUGGCUUUCCUAGCCAGUCCUGUGCAUGUGAUACGGGCUGAGGGUGUAGCACUGAGGGGGACGGCGCUGAGGAGGUGCGGGCAGCAGCUCUGCAGGGAACCCAG